UUUUAGUACACCGAUUAGGUAUGCCGUAUUGCGUUACUUCCCCGAAACAGAGCACGAUUUUAAGUUUGCUUCCUCGAAUUGUCAAGAAGAAAGGGGAAAAGGAAAAAAAGACUUUGGCUUCGUGAAUAUAAAUGCGCAACACGGCAUGAACUUUUUCCACUAGCAAGUCAUACAAACAUUCAUAUCACCAAAAACCAAGUAUUUCUCUCAAAAAACUUGAAAAAUAAAAUGAAGAUUUCAAUGGCAACUCUUCUUAUUUCCUUAAUCAUAUGCUCUACUUUGCUCGUUAUCACUAAUGCUGAUCUCUCCGUUAUGCCACCUCAGCCUUCUGCUGCCUCAGCCACAACCUCCGGAUUUUGUAACAACAAAUGCGGUGUAAGGUGCGCCCUAAAGGGGAUAAACUCAAGGUGUAUGAAAUAUUGUUUGAUGUGUUGUGGGAAGUGCAGCUGUGUUCCUUCUGGGACUUCCGGGAAUUUGAAUGAGUGCCCUUGUUAUAGGGACAUGAAGGCACCAAAUGGCAGGCCUAAGUGCCCUUAAAAUCAAUCAUCACUUUUAAUUAAUAAUUAAUUAUGUAUCCCAACUUUUCUCAUAUUUAAUCGAUCAAUUAAUCUUUGUUGCUAUAAAUGAGAAUGAUGUACUUCGUAUAACAUGUAUUAUCAUAUGGAUCAUUAGAUCUUUAUGUGUUAGAUUUUAAUUGAUUGAAAUAUGCUUUAUCUAAAUAAAGAUAUGAUUUUGUAAUAGUUGGUCCAAGGAGAAUUUGACCAUAUUAUAUAUAGACCCUUAGUAUUAAUCACUAAGUUAAUAUCUUAGUAAAACUUUAACUUGAAAUUAAUAUUUUUUUUAAUUGGA